AACGUGAAAUCAGGAAAGGAAAGCAGCAACCCCCUCUCCAUCCAUCGCCUUCCCCAUCUCCCUCCGCCCCCUCGUCGUCGCUUCCUCCAAACCCUAGCCUGCCUCCUAUCCCGCCGGCCGACCUGUCUCUGCCAGUCCUAUUCCCCGCGGCAGCGCGGUAUCCCGACGCUCCCGUUGCGCCCUGCUCCUGCGCUUCAACCGCUCCAUCCAGGCGAGAUCCAGCGGAUGGAACCCCCAGCGGCGAAGGAGGCGCCGCCGCCGCCGCUCCCGCCCGCCGCGGAGGAGGACGCCAUACUCUCUGCGACGGCGGCCAUGGCGAAGGAAGCCGCUUUAGCGUUCCAGGGCCGCCGCUACGCCGACUGUGCCGUGUUGCUCACGAAGUUGCUGGACAAGAAAGAGGGCGAUCCCAAGGUCCACCAUAACAUGGCCAUCACCGAAUCCUUCUUGGAUAGUUGUCCUGAUUCAAACAAGCUGCUUAAAAUUCUUGGUGAUGUUAAGAGAAGAAGUGAAGAGCUUUCAUGUGCAUCUAGAGAACAAGCUGAUUCUGCCAAUGGGGUAGGAAACAAUGCUCCUUCAGGAUCAAGAGGGAGUGGUAUUGUACUACCUUUUUCUGCUACACAUAAUGCAUCGACUUAUGGGGAUGAGUUUGACACGACCAUAAUUACAUUCAACAUGGCUGUUAUCCUAUAUCAUCUUCAUGACUAUGAAUCUGCACUAUCUGUUUUGGACCCGUUGUACCGAAACAUUGAACCAAUGGAUGAGACAACUGCUCUUCAUGUAUGCUUUCUAUUAUUGGAUAUUACAUUAGCUUUGCAAGAUGCAACAAAGGCUGUGGACAUAAUACAAUACUUGGAAAGGUCAUUUGGAGUAGCUAACACAAUGAACCCGAAUGAAAAUGCAAGCAUACCUCAGCAGCAAUUAGCUCAACCGAAGCCUCCUGCCAGAAUUAACAUGCCUCCAGAUUCUGAUUCAAAUGCUUAUGCUGGUGGAUAUGAGAACCUUUCAGCGGGAAUUUUCCCAGAUGAUCAAAUAGAAUUUGAAUCUCUGUACUCUACCUUUGAUGGACAUCAGAAUUUGGGCAGGCGUAUCUUGAAUGAUUUCUCAAGGGCAUCUGCUGAUCUCGCUGCUACUGCUGCUGAUUUGAAAGUUAGACUUCAGAUUUACAAGGUCCGGCUUCUACUGCUCACUAGGAACCUUAAGGUUGCGAAGCGAGAACUCAAAGUACUAAUGAACAUGGCACGUGGUAGGGAUUCAUCUACAGAGCUUCUCUUGAAAUCUCAGCUGGAGUAUGCCCGGGGGAAUUAUAGGAAGGCUGUGAAGCUAUUGAGCACACCGAAUAAUCGGACUGAACCAGCAAUGCUAGCCAUUUUCUACAACAACCUGGGAUGUAUUCUCCACCAACAGAGAUCGUAUCACACCUCUAUAUGGUGCUUUAGCAAAGCACUAAAAUACAGCUUAUCACUUCGUUCAGAGAAACCAAUGAAGCUGUCUGCUUUAUCACAAGACAAGUCUUGCCUUAUUUCAUACAACUGUGGUAUCCAACAUUUGAUGUGUGGGAAGCCUUUGUUAGCAGCUUCUUGUUUUCGUGAGGCCAUGCCGCUCUUCUACAAGCGACCCCUUUUCUGGCUCCGUUUUUCGGACUGUAGUCUGCUAGCUCUAGAAAAGGGUCUCCUGUGUGCAAACGGUGCUUCUUCAUGCAACGACGAGAUUGGAGUCAAUGUUGUGGGGUCAGGACAAUGGCGGCAGUUGAUUGUCAACCCUGUGAACUUGAGAAAUAAUUUUGAUUCUGCAGGUGUGACUUCAGGCAAACAUAAAAAUUUGGUUUCACUUGGAUUUGCUAGACAGUGUCUACUCAAUGCGCUGCUAUUAUUGGAUGCUACUGAGCAGGAAAAUUCGGUAAUUGCAUCUAACAUAGAGGAUUGCAACCAAGGAGCAGUACAAGGAUAUAAAAGCUCAGGUCAUAAGAGCACUGCAAGUACAGAUUCUAAAUUACCUUCUGGCCCAACUCUAGCUAAUGUAAAUGGAGAACAAAAGGGAACGAGCUUGAAUGCUACCUUGCAGAGUUCUCUUGCUUUGUAUGAUGAGAUAUGUAGAAAAGAGAACCUCAAAAUCAGACAGGCCAUCCUGGGGAACUUGGCAUUUGUUGAAUUGUGUCUUGAGAAUCCCUUGAAAGCUUUGUCUUAUGCAAAGUCAGUACUGCAGCUGACAGACUGUUCCAGGAUGUAUGUAUUCCUCAGCCAUGUAUACGCAGCUGAAGCUCUGUGUACUUUGAACAGACCAAAGGAUGCUGCUGAGAAGCUAUCAGUUUAUAUAAGAGAUGGCAAUGAUAUUGAGUUGCCGUAUAAUGUGGAGAACUCUGAAAAGGCAUUGGUUGAGAGAGAUAGUGAUGGUGAAGACUCGGUUGCUCCUUCAGUGACAAAACUAGCCACAGAAGAAUCUGAGCACUCAGAGAGCCUCAGGCCAGAGGAGGCCCGUGGUGUUCUGUAUAUUGACCUUGGCAUGACUGCUGCAAUGCAGGGAGAAGUUGAGCAGGCCAAUUACAUGGUGAGCCGUGGCCUGGCGAUGUUGCCCAACAACCCCCGGGCAGUGCUAGCAUCAGUUUACAUAGACCUUUUGCAAGGGAAGUCCCAGGAGGCUGUUGGGAAGUUGAGACAGUGUAGGAAUGUCAGAUUUAGACCCGGUAGCAUAGCAGCCAGCAGCUGAGCUUAGAAAAGCCUCCCUUUUCAUGAUUUCUGUAGUUUACAAUUACCAUUAUAAUAUUUUUGGACCCUGACCCCAAUGUGGAUGAUCAAAGAUGGAAAUGUGUACCAUACAUAAGAAAUGAACUGUAGCUCUCCUUUUAGCGCCCCCCCCCCCCCCCCCCCCCCCCCCCCAGAUUCAGGGUUGGAAUGUGUUGGAACUGUAUCGUUUUAAUUUGCCUCUCUUUGGACUGAACACUGAAGAGAGGCCAAGUGAUCAAAAUAGUUUCCUAUGGGGUAUGAUCGUUGUACAUUUAUGUGGUGCUUGCAUCGUGUUAAGAUGAAUGGUCGCUUGCCCCGUUGCCCGGAGGCUGCAGCUGUUCUCGUCUGAACUCUGAAGCAACUAAGUACUACUGCUGUAUCUGUGUAUGUUUACGUUCCUCUAAGGAUUGUCCGUUUCUUUU